AUGAUUUUGGGUUUGGAUAAAAGUAAUCUAGAAAGUUUAACAUUCUACGCAGUACGUAAACCAGAAAAAUUAGAUAAAUCAGUUCGAUAUAUGGCUGAAAAAGUGGAACGAUAUUUAUCACAUAGUAAUAGACAAUAUGUGAUAUUAGGUGUGAAAGCAAUGACUGAAAUAAUGAAAUCAUGUUGUGAACAACUUAAUUCUUUUGUUGAUCAUUAUUUGGCUGCCUUAAGACUAGUUUUAGAAGAAAGAAAUGAUUUAGAAUUAACAGAACAAGCUGUCUUAUCGUUUGAAUCAUUUUGUAAAAUUCCAGAAGAAGCUCCAAGUUAUCAACGAAAUUAUGAUUUUUUUUUUGAUCGAUUUACAGAAUUAUGUCAUAAUAAUAAUGAUAAAACUAGAACAAAAUUUCGUUGUCUGGGUUUACGUGGUCAUCAUGCUCUUAUUCUUAAAACAGCUAAUGAUGAAUUACAAACUGAUGUUUGGAAACAUAUGGAUAAAAUAGUACCAUCAAUUAUUUAUAAUAUGGAUGUUAAAAAUUUUAGACCAGAAGAUAAUCUUAGUCAAAAUCGUACAACGGAUCAAAUUGAAUUAGUUGAUAAUGAUGAUCCAUCCAUUUUAGCCGAAAAUGUUCUAAAAGAUUUAUUUGAUCGAGCACAUUUAAACAAUAUUAAGGCAUGUGUGCAACCUAUUCUCAUUCAUUUAGAUAACCACAUGAAAUGGAUUCCUGUAGAUUUUCCAAAAUAUAUUUUUUCCAAAAUAAUGAGAACAAUUAAACAUCAUAAUGGCUAUUUGGUAAUCGAAUUAUUACUCGCUCACUUAGAAACACAUCUUGAACGUCAAGAAACAGCUGAUAUUAAAUCAAGUAUUAUGAAUGUUAUUCAAGAUUGUAUGAUAUUUACUGCUGAGAGUACAGGAGCCGGUUCUACGAUGUUUACUGGUAUCCAACGUUUAUUAAAUUUUUUAAAGAAAUCAUUUGAAAUAGAACGUGAACAUGGCUCACACGCUAUCAGUGAAGAACAAAAAUUUCAGACAGCUAUCAUCAAUGGUAUUGGUGAUUUUACUCAAAAGUUACCAGAUUUUCAAAUGAUAGAAGUAAUGCAAUUUAUUAUUACGUCACUACCAAAUUUCGAUCAAGAAAGACACGAAACACCAGAUUCAAGUUUCUGUGAAAACUUCGAUGGAAUUUUUUGUGGUCCUCGAAAAGUGAGAAAACGUGCCUCACCCACUCUUGAGUCAACGACUCAGUUAGCAAGUAGUCAAUCACGCAUUUUUUUGCUCCAAGUUAUGCAGAAUCAUGUACUCUAUCUAUUGGUUGCUGCCACAUAUCAUUUAACUCAUCGUCUCGAAACAUCAAUUCAGACAACAUUUCCACGCCAACUAUUUGAUCCUCUAUUGAAAAUGAUGAAUUCAACUGAGCCAGAAGUACGUUUAAAUGUUAUUGAAAUAUUACAAUCAUUUGUGGAUAGAAGAAAUUAUUCGAAUAAAAUACGAAGGAUACGAUUGAUCAGAAAUAUCUCACAAUUAGAAUUACCAACAGAAACAAAAUCAUAUCGAUUAUUUGAUCUUUCAUUUAUGAAGAAGUUUGGUCCUCAAUUUUUAUCUCAAUUAUAUAAGUGUAUAUUAUACGAGAAUAAUAAUGUCGAUUUAUUCCAUGCCAUUUAUUGUCUAAUCAAUUUGAUUACAUUGGAAGCAGAAAAUAAAGACGUAUUCGUAGACUUUAUACACUUUUGUUUGGAAGUACAGUCUACAGUAAUAAAAAUAUCUGAAACAUCAUCAACAACCCAAGGCAGAAGAUUAUCAACAUUCAAUCAAAACUGUAUUCAUGCACUUAUAGCCGCUUAUUUUAAUCUAAUAUCAAAAUUAAAUGAUAUUACACAAUUUUAUAAUUAUGUUGAUGAAGUUGUUCGUGCUCGUGAACAUCGUGCUCCUUAUCUAUUACCACCUAUGGCAUUUAAUUAUAAUGAUACAACAAAAUCUUUAUCAUCAUUAUAUUAUCGUCUCAGCAUUAUACAAUAA